CGGCGCGCCGCCCUGCGUCUCCGUCUCCGCCCCCAGAACCUGCAGCCGUGAGCUCCGGAGCGCGGCUUCCCGGGCUGGCGGCGCGGCGCUAUGGGCUGCGGGAACUCCACCGCCACCAGCUCUGGCGCGGGCGCGGGCCGAGGGCCUGCUGGAGCAGCUAAAGACGUGGCAGAGGAGUCGAUAACAGAAGACGACAAGAGGAGAAACUACGGAGGCGUCUAUGUUGGCCUACCAUCUGAAGCUGUCAGUGUGGUGUCCAAUCAAACAAAGGCUGUGCGCAAAAAUUAGAAGAACCUCACACGACUCAGUAACCAAGAGGUUGUCCAUCCGUCUGGAAGGAAUGUGGCUCCGGUGAUGUUGUAACGUGCACAGCUGUUUCUGUGGAAAUUGCCAACACUUGUCCUCGGCUCCCCUGCUCCUCCAACUCCUAGGUGCACGGUUAGACUCACGGGUGCAGAUGGUAGUGGAAGUGGGUGCUGAGACAACACGCUCCAUCCUGGAAUGCUCCAGAUCCACCUGCCGUGUCAAGGUCUCAGACUGGGAGGUGGCCUUGUCCCACCCGACCGCCGGCUCCACCCACACCAUGUCCCCCAGCCACUCCCCUCAUGCCUUUUCACGGAUACUUUUUUGAUAGUUUUUUUACAUGACAAAAUCCUUGUUCUGUUUAUAAUCUAAAAGAAUAAGCUGAUCUAACUGAAUUCCCUAAAGUAAUAUAUUCUUUCUCAUUUCUACUUCCUGUUGCUUUUUAGCUGUAAAAUGGGUGAAUUUAUUCUUAUUACACACAAACAAAUGCACACAAACUCUGUCUCCCUCCCCCCUAUUUUUUUUUUUUACUGUUUGGUUUUCAAAUUUUAUUUAAAUACCCAAGAUUUUCCUUUAUCACGAAUAGUGUUUUACAUUGACAUAUUUAAAAGGAAACUUGUUAAAUUUGCAUGCAGUGUGCACCUGUUGAUUCAGUAUCUGUCUCCUCUAGUCAAGGCUUGUGUGACCACAGAUAGAUACUUGAGAGCUCGCUGAGUCUCCCGUUCCACUUUGGUGUGAUUAUCUCAGCUCUUCAUGUGAAUUCUGUAUUUUCAAGGACCUGUGAUUGAGGACUAGUGGGAUAUUUGGAAAGUCCUUAAUUUGAUGAUGAUAUGUGUCUGCUCAAUACGGCAAUGUAAAUUACUGUGUUUACCAGUGUAUUUCAACGAUUAAAACAUUUUUAGCCUUCUUUA